GGGCCCGGCCCGCCUCCCCGCGCUCCUCCCCGCUGCUCGGUGGCCGGUGGUCGGUGGUCGGUGGGGCGGAGGGAUGGCCGCCGGCCAGGUGCGGGUCCGGGAGGCCGCCGACACGGACUGCGGGGACGUGAUGAGGAUGAUCCGGGAAUUAGCCGAGUUUGAGAAUCUCACCGACCAGGUGAAGAACACCGAAGAAGGCCUGAAGGCCGAUGGCUUUGGAGCGAACCCAUUUUUCCGAUGCUUGGUAGCCGAAGUUCCCCCGGAGCAGAGGAACCCAAACGGUCCCGGCGUGGUGGGCUUCGGCCUUUACUACUUCAUCUACAGCACGUGGAAGGGGCGAAGCGUUUACCUGGAGGAUUUAUACGUGAUGCCGGAAUAUCGGGGUCAAGGGAUUGGUUCCAAAAUACUGAGUAAAGUGGCAGAGGAGGCCUUGGCCAACGGCUGCUCACAGUGUCGCCUGGCGGUGCUGGACUGGAAUCAGCAGGCUGCCCAUUUCUACAAGGCUCGCAAGGCCGAGGACCUGUCUGCCGCCGAGGGCUGGCACACCUUCCUCUUCAACACGGCUGCCCUCAAGGAGCUGGCAGGAAAGUGACAGGCAUCAAAGGAUCCUCGCCCUCUUUCCAACGUCCCCCCCACCAACCUCCGGGAGGAAUCUCUGUUCUUUCCCCCCCAGCCUACUCUAUUCACUCCCUCUGUGGUCUCGGGUACCCAGUCUCCCAAAAUCCAGUCGACCUACUUUCCCUCGCCCCUUCCCCCCACCAGCCUCUCGGCAUUCCCUGGCUCCUCCAAAUGGAUUUCUCCUAGUGGAAAAAUAAAGGACAGUUAGUAAGUUUG